CCCUUGGCGGUUGCCAGGGAGACGGGGCUGUUUACCAGCUGGUCGCAGCCAGGCACAGGAGACGGAUGGAGCUGAGCUGCGAGGGGUCCUGAGAAGCAAUGGCCAUUGAAGCCCCUGUGAACUUUGCACCACCUGAACGCAGCCCUGUGGUCAGCACCACGGCCGACAGCUUCGCCUGGCAGCCCAGCUCGCUCAGGAUGCACGUCAUCAGACCCAAGUCUGCCAAGGGCCGGAAGCGGCCGAAUCUGCACAGACCACAAGGCAUGGGGGACGGCUCCCCCAGUGUACUAUCCUCUUCACCUCCACCACGUUCCUCCGGGUCGCCCAGCAACCAGAAACCAGGAGUCUGCGCAACUGUCCCUCCAUCUCAGGGAGCUCCUGACGAGAUGCCGGAGCUGCUGCAGCAGGCGCCCAUAGGGACCGCUUCAUCUCUCAAUCGGUACCCAGUCCUCCCAUCCAUCAACAGGAGGAGCUUAGAGGAUGGGGCUGUGGACACCGUGGCCAGCAAGACCAGUUCCCUGCAGCUGAGCAGCGUCCAGGCCCUUUACCAAGAGGAGGCCCCCGCCACUGUCAAGUCAAGCCAGGAAGACUCCAGAACCCAAGUCUGUGCCUUAGAGAAGAAAUUCACCAUCCGAAACAAAACACAGAGUUCCUCCAGGGCCUCGAACAUGGAGGAGCCGUCGGACGAAGAGCCGAGGCUGCUGCUGGCCGUCCGGUCACCCUCAGGCCAGAGGUUCGUGCGCUACUUCAGGCCCAGUGACAACCUACAGACUGUCCUCGAGGUGGCCGAGCAGAAGAACAAAGCCACUUACCAACACUGCAGCAUCGAAACGAUGGAGGUGCCCAGGAGACGUUUCUCUGACCUCACCAAGUCCCUCCAGGAGUGUGGCAUCCUCCAUAAAUCCGUGCUGGGCAUCUCCCAGCAGGAGGGGGAGGGGUGGCCCUGAGCCCUCCGCACCAGGCCGGGCCCCCAGGUCUUUGAGCAAAGGGAAUGUUGGGCAGCCUGAAGCCUCCAACAUAACCUUGGUGUCAGUGCCACAUGAGCCCAGUGCAGUUAAGACCCUACGGGCUUUGUCCGUAUAGCAAGUCUGUGGAGGCAGUGACGAAUCUACACCCGGGAAGAGCCCUCUAGAAAACUCCCUUGUAGCCCCGCAUUCCCUCCGGCAGCCAUAAGGAAGUUCUACAUCUGUCCCUAGACUGUGGCUGAGCCACUGUGUGCUCCUUCCAGAAUCUUCUGUCACUGCAGUGAACUCUGGGUCUCUCAAAGCCAAUACUUUGCCGCCUUUCUGUACUUGACACCAGAUUAAACGCUUCCUAGAGAGGACUCUAGUCUAGUAAAUAACCGGGGUCUAGGGAUCACGGCACUGACACUGGUAUUUCUUGCAAUCUCGUGAGAGACAGGCUGUUGAUCCCCUGUUUGGACACAGCCUCCCUCCCAAGCUGUGCCAGCAGAGAUUCCCUCAGGAUCCAUGUUGGUACGUGGUGGCAGCAAAGGGAAGAACUAUCUUCUGCUAUCACAAAUCCUCCAGCACACAAUUCUGCAAUGCCCUAAAGCUAGCCCAUAUAAAUGGCUUUUACAGCCACGAACUAGCUAGGGCUACUUUUGAGUGGACUGACGGAGCUUCUUGGUAGCACCUGUCCAUGUGCAGAAUUUUUCCAAAACAGAAGUAAAAUAUGCAGCACCCUGUUUUUAAGAUGCACACAGCUACACAGCUAUACAAGUUUAUACUAACAAGCCCUUGGCCUACUUGGGCACAGGUAAAUUGUUUUAUCCCCCAGUCUCAGCGUCUCUCUCAACCAUGUCAAACACGGAAGGUCAGUGCCCCAAAGUGGGCUCUGGUGUCAGGUCCUUUAUAGGAGAAGGAAGGCAGCUCAUGGGGGUUUCUUUCCUGUGCCCCUGUUGAGACCGUGCUGUGCAGCUGGCUGACUGGCAUGGAAUGCCCCUCCACCCGCCUUAGCCAGAGCUGUCACAAGCACUGUAGAAUCUUGUUUUUCUGGGGAUACAGAUCAUUUGCCAAAGCUCUCUCGUAUCACAGGUUCAGCCAGACACCCACAAGUCAUCUGCGUCCCUUGACGGCCAAAUUCCCAUUUGGAGUCAGGAACACUGAGACCUUCUGGGCACUUUGUCCCCCUUGGAGCAUAAGCACCACAUGUCCUGGCUACUGACUGGUACAUGCUCCACACCCACCCCAGCCUCAGAGCAUCUCAAAGUGUCACUACCUCAGCAACAGGGGCAUCUCGUGCAUGGGACAGCACCAACAGUUACAGGUGUUCCUUCUAUCACACUAUCCCUCGGUGACAGCAAUGAUGUCUCUGAACAGAGUCAUCCUACCCCAGACACCUCCCACACCACACAGAUCACGCUGGAUUAGGAGAUUCCCAAACAGUUGCAAGAUUUGCCGUCCCGCCUAGGUUAGUGGCGCCUUCGAUGGGAAAGGCCAGCCGGGGCUUGACUUUGCUGUGGCACGCCCAUGUAGCUGGCCACCUCGUCUACCCAAUGACCAUGACAGAAGGGACUGGUAGCUUGAGCUUGUCCCCCCCACCUCACCCCAGUCCAGUCACUCCACUUACCCCCAAGUGUACACUUCUGCCCCCCCCCCCAUCUAGGAGCCUAUAAAAAAAAAUCACACACCUACUCUAUGGUAAGAAUAAAACCCCACCCACCCACAGCUUGGUGAUCCGAAGCUUUAGAAUGCUCCAGUGAUAACUAGAGAAUGCUCAGUGGAGUGAGAAGCUUCUGGAUUUAGGGGUUUGCCACCGCUAUUUGGGUUAGAA